AGCGCGAGAAGGGUCAGGCGCGCAGGGCGUCCGCGCAGCUCGGCUUCGGGAAGGGCGCGGAGCCUCGGUCGCCGGGAUGCGGCCGCCCGCGCUGUUGGCGCUGUUCAGCUGCUCCGCGGCUUUUGCUUUGGUGUCUGAAGAGAUAAAAGAAAAGGUCACGCCUUCUCAGGAUUUGAGGCAAAGUAGUCUACCAAGGAGUCAUGACAUAGACUUAAAAGAAAUCGUGUUUGUCAUCCAGAGUCAGAGUAAUCCUUUUCAUGCCAGGAGAGCAGAACAGCUGAGAAGAAACAUCUUAAGGCAGGCUGCAAACCUGACACAGGAUCUCCCCAGAGUCCUCCUUCUCCAUCAGUUGGCGAAGCAGGAAGGUGCUUGGACCAUCCUUCCCUUGUUACCGCAGUUUUCGGUAACGUACAGCAAGAAUUCAGCGUGGAUUUUCUUCUGUGAAGAAGAGACGAGAAUACAAAUCCCCAGACUCCUAGAAACGCUCAGACGAUAUGACCCAUCUAAGGAAUGGUUUUUGGGAAAAGCACUGUACGACGAAGAAUCCACGAUCAUUCACCAUUACGCCUUCUCUGAGAACCCGACUGUCUUUAAAUAUCCGGACUUCGCUGCUGGCUGGGCCCUUAGCAUCCCGCUUGUGAGCAAGCUCACCAAGAAAUUGAAGAGCGAGCCGCUGAAGUCUGACUUCACAAUCGAUUUAAAGCACGAGAUUGCCCUCUACAUCUGGGACAAAGGUGGAGGACCUGCCCUCACCCCUGUGCCUGAGUUUUGUACGGAAGACUCGGACCCCCUCUGUGCCACCACCUUUCAUUCUUUCCUACCUCUCUGUGGAAUGCCGGUAAAGAAGGAGGAGAUUUUUGUUGCAGUAAAAACGUGCAGGAAAUUUCAUGCUGACAGAAUACCCAUCGUAAAGAAGACAUGGGCGGCACAGGCCAGCCAUAUCGAAUACUACAGUGACUACGCGGAAACCUCCAUCCCUACUGUGGAUUUGGGAAUUCCCAAUACGGACAGGGGUCAUUGUGGAAAAACCUUUGCCAUUUUGGAAAGAUUUUUGAAUCACAGUCAUGACAAAAUUGCGUGGUUAGUCAUCGUGGAUGAUGACACAUUAAUCAGCAUCUCCAGGCUCCGGCACUUGCUUAGCUGUUAUGACUCCAGUGACCCGGUGUUCCUGGGUGAGCGCUACGGCUACGGCCUAGGCACAGGCGGCUACAGCUACGUCACAGGAGGAGGCGGCAUGGUGUUCAGCAGGGAAGCCAUCCGGAGACUUCUUGCGAGCAACUGCCGUUGCUACAGCAACGACGCUCCCGACGACAUGGUCCUGGGCAUGUGCUUCAGCGGGUUGGGAAUCCCCGUGACACACAGCCCUCUCUUCCAUCAGGCUCGGCCAGUAGAUUACCCCAAGGACUACCUCUCCCAUCAGAUUCCAGUAUCAUUUCACAAACACUGGCACAUUGACCCGGUAAAGGUGUAUCUCACGUGGCUGGCACCCAGUGAGGAAGACCAAGCCACGCAGGAGACACAGAAGGAUCCAAGAGAAGAAUUAUAGGGCGAGUGUGGGACACGCGGAUACAAGAGAUUCGCCCUGUCUAUGGAGCGUCAGUCCGACUGCUUGUAUGUGCCAUGUGAAGCGGGCACUUCCCAGCCCUCAUGGAUAUGUGGUAUUUUUUGGAUGGGUAAACUCCUAGAGGGACCUGGGGAAAAAAAUCACUUGUUUUGAUUGAUGUCUUUAUUGUAACACAACAAUUAUUGUGCCUAGUAUAGCCACCACGGGCUGUGACACAACAGCUCUUUGACUGUCACAGGAAAUAAAUGGCUCCUGAAGUCCUUUUCUAUUUUCUCCAUUGUAACGGGGACUCUAAUACAAGAAUAUGACUGGCUACCACUCCACAUAAACAUUGAGUCUUUUAGACAUUUGCCAAAGGAAUGACCUUUAAGCCAGCGGUUCUUGGCUUGUGGGUCUCGACCCCCUGGGAAUGGCAGUGGUCAGAUAUCCGGUAUCCUGUGCAUUAGGUAUCUACAUUUCGAUCCACAACUGUAGAAAAAUGAACAGUUGUGAAAGUAGCAGGGAAAUAGUUUUCUGGUCAUGGUGUCAGCACAACACGAAGGAAGCAUAUUAAAGAGUCAGUGCCUCAGGAAGGUGGAGAACCACGACUUUUAAGUGGUCCUGCUGAUAGAAAUUGGUUCCCAGGCACUCAGUAGGAAUGCGGUACCAAGGCUAGUUAGUACAACCUAAAACUCAAUGUGAACUCCACCAGCUGUACAAUCACGGUUACUCUUUCCCCCGUUCUGCUGCUUGCACCCCAAAAAACAGAAACUCAAGGCCAUCUGGUGAAGCCUCUGCUCCCUUUGAAGUGCAUGUUGGUGCCAGUCUCCCCAAAGUCCUCCCAUGUAGAGUGGACAGGACGUCAUCAGAAAUUAGGAUCUCUUCUGUGUCAGCAGCGGGGAUGGGAGUCUGGAGAUGUGAGCAGCUUCUGGAGCUGGCCUGUAACUCUUGCUUUUCUCUGAGUGAUACAUAGUAACUUGCUUCUGGCUCAGGCUAGACCAUCCGGGUCCUGGUAGCUGCAGCCUGGAGUCUCAGGAGAGGACAGCACCUGGCUGGGCAAUUUCUCUGUUUUUGUUUUUGUUUUUGUUUUUUUAUAAAGAAUGAAAUCUGAACAACUGUGUUUUAAAGCAACCCUCAUUUUCCAAUCACACCUUUUAUUAUGUCGGAAUUUAACAGUUCAGUAUUAAUAUGUAGAGUACUGUGUGUUAAUGUUUAAAGACGAUGAUUUUGUUAUAUAAAGGUCUUUGCAUGUGAUCUGAUCUCAAGCUCCUGGGGUUAUAUGUCAUAAUCCUUCCUUUAAUUCUAUCUGUGCUUCAUUAACCUUACUUAAAGGCUUCUAAACCCCUACAGCCUUUAAAGCCACACCAUCGAAAAUACCUGUGUAAUUAUUUUUUAUCUGUAUGUUCUAUGUCGCUGACUUUUGACUCAUGUUGAUGUAAUAGUAUCUAUCAUCCUCUUCCCAAAUUAAUAAGUACCAGGACUGACGUGUGGCCUGCUACUUUUGGCCUCUGGUGGAACACAGUCUGGGAAAAUGGAUUUUGUGGUUCAGCCAGAAACUGGGCAGAGGACAGUCAAGUGCAUGAAAAGGGACCAUACGGGUGUCUGGGUGCCAGCUGAUGACUCCAGCAUCAUUGCUGAUACAGCUGUGGGUGUGGCCGUUGCUAUGACAGCUCUUACACUGAGCACUAAUACCGACCCCCGGGGGGCGGGGGCUGGCUGCUACACCAGUACAGGACAGGGAUCCGCUCAGCCCAUCCCUCCACCUCUGCUCAUGAAGUUACCAGCCUGAGACCAGAGGAAGUUUCAUUUGGUAGGACAGAAGCUAGCAGUCGUCUAAACCUUUCUUUUCAUGAGCUGUGUCCUCUUCCUCCCCACCCCUCACCCCCCCAGGAUCCCUCCUGGUAUUUCUAGAUAUGUGGUUAAAUAUGUUUCCCUUUUGGAACUACAGGAGCCUUGCCGUGAAUACAAUGUCUCCACUUCCGUUCACAUUUAUCUAUUGGUUGAGGCUAGAUGGGGGGUGGGGAGAAGCAUGAAGGACAGGAUCGGAGGAAUUGGGAACACUGGCAGAUCAGUAAGGCAAUCGAUGCAAGCUAAACAAAUUAGGAAAAAGCAAAGAAAUAAAAAUAUAGUUUACAAAGGUAUUAUGUUUGAUGGAGCAAAUGACAGGCCCUAUUUGAACACCAACUGAGAUUUGAUAUCUUAAAAAACAAAAACAGAAAACGUAAUCUUGAGCCUGGAGUUUCGGGGCACAUUCCACCCUCUUCGCUGUUCUUUUCCCCUUUAAGUAAGGAUUUCUUUGCCAAUGGAUAUUUUUAUCCUAAGGAUUUAGCACCAAGGAUUUAUGUAUGGAAUUACCUAGUAGGUCAUUUUUACACUUAAGCCAUUUCUCAUGACCCAGCACAUCGCCUGACUGUAGGCUUUUUACAUCUUACAGCUAAAUCAGACGUCGAGACACAAAAAUAACCUUUGUCGAAUGCUCGGGAACGUAAUCGCUCAGCAGCCCGAGUAACAAACGAUGCUACGCAGAGUCAUGUAGACGCCAGUGUUCUCUGCGUGCCCUGAUUGAUCGGCGAUGUUUAGUGCAUCAUGGCCAUCACGGUUAUUGAUGUGUAUAGAGAACCUCAGAGACUCACAACACAGUAGACAUUUGUAAGAAUAUUUGUGGCGCCUCGGUUCGUAGACGCAUCAUUUCUGUGGAAGAAAAUCAAUCAAUGUACCAUUACGUAUGCUAUAGCAGACUUACAAAGGGUCUUUGUUCCUGCCCGUCUUUGAAUGACAGGCCUGAAAAGGUGCUAUUGUUUAUGUCCCCAAGCCCUCUAAACAAGUCACCUGCAAAAUGUGUUCUCCUCCUUUCUAUAGAAUAAAAUAACAGCUUUGUUUCUGGUA